AUGAGGAAAACCAAGAAAUAUUGUUAUGGAUUUUUUGUAUUCAGCUCCAUAAUAAUCAAUAUUUUGUUUACCAUAAAUCUCUACUUAGGUGGCGGUGGCAAUGGCGGUGAGUGUGCGUUGAGUUGGAGCGAGAAAGCGGCAGCAGAGGCAGAAGCGGUUGCAGCAAUUUCAUGUUCAGGCCAUGGCAGAGCUUAUCUCGAUGGUUCCGUUGAUUCUGAAGGUCGACAUGUUUGUGAGUGUUAUGCUUGUUACGUUGGUAAUGAUUGCUCUCAAUUAUCCCCUGGUUGUGCUGCUGAUGCUACCAGUGGGGAUCCUAUAUUCUUGGAGCCAUUCUGGAUGCAACAUGCAACCAACAGUGCCAUUGUCAUAUCAGGAUGGCAUCGUAUGAGUUACAGGUACGGUGACGAUCCUUACAUGUCCACAGAACUCGAAAAAUACAUCCGUAAAAUGCAUUCGAUUGUCGGAAAUGCAAUCACCGAAGAUCGUUACAUCGUCUUUGGAGUUGGCUCAACACAACUCCUAAGUGCAGCUGUUUAUGCUCUUUCCUCCCAAAACUCUUCUUCUCCUUCCAACGUCGUCGCUUCCAUCCCGUUCUAUUCGAUAUACAAGACUCAAACGGAGUUCUUUAACUCCGAGAAUUUCCAAUUUGGCGGAGACACAAACGCAUGGCAAUUGAAUAACUCUACAAACAGCAUGGAUGUGGUUGAAUUCGUAACCUCACCAAACAAUCCAGAUGGAGAGUUAAAGAAAUCGGUUCUCGGAGGGAAGACAAUAUACGAUCAUGCCUAUUAUUGGCCACAUUUUACACCGAUCCCAGCCCCUUCGGAUCAUGAUCUCAUGCUCUUUACUCUUUCAAAGCUCACAGGCCAUGCCGGUGCACGUUUUGGGUGGGCAGUAAUAAAAGAUAAGGAUGUGUACGAGAAGAUGUUGACAUAUAUUGUAUUGGCUGAUUUGGGGAUUUCAAAGGACACUCAAUUAAGAGUGUUGAAGCUACUAAAAGUAGCCGUUGAAGAUGAGGGAAAACCGUUUUUUGAAUUUGCUUAUAACAAAAUGAAGGAUCGUUGGGACACGUUGACUUCUAUCUUCUCAAAGUCAACAAGAUUUUCACUCCAACAGAGACAUCCUUUGCACUGCAAUUUCUUCAAUGAAACUAAGCUAUCGUCUCCCGCUUAUGCAUGGGUAAAAUGUGAGCGAGAAGAAGAUUGUGGCACAGUGCUGGAAGCAGCAAACAUCUUAGGUCGUGUUGGAAGUGUGUUCAGUGACAAUGAUCGUUAUGUUCGACUUAGUCUCAUCAAGAGCCAAGACGACUUUGAAUUACUCGUGCAACGACUCACGGAGCUAGUGUCUCUUGAAAAUGGUAGCGUCGAAACAAUGUGAAAGGCUCAAAUGAAAACUCUUGGGUCAUUGUUGGGGAAUUAUUCAUCUUGUUGCUUGUAAAGAUUAAGUAAUUGAUUUGUUAUAAAGUGUAAAAUUCGACAUUUAUACAAUAAAGAAUA